GAAGAGGAGGAGGAAGAAGAAGAAGAAUAGGAGGAGGAGGAGGAGGAAGAGGAGGGGGAGGAGGGGGAGGAGGAAGAAGAAGAAGAGGAGGAGGAGGAAGAGAAGGAAGAAGAAGAAGAGGAGGAGGAGGAGGAGGAAGAGGAGGAGGAGGGGGAAGAAGAAGAAGAAGAAGAGGAGGAGGAGGAGGAGGAGGAGGAGGAGGAGGAGGAGGAGGAGGAGGAGGAGGAGGAG